AAGUUGUUUGUGUUUUUACAACGAGCACGCAUUUCAUCCAGGACAAAUUAGUUGAAAGCAGUUGUAAGUCAGCUUUCCUUGAAGAACUGAGGGUCCCAAAUUGGUUUCGGCAUAAUGAAUGCCCUCCAAGAAUACGCGAGUAGUGAUGAAGAAGGAGAAUCCUCGAAAACUGAAGUGAAAUCUACGCCGAAAUCAAAUGAGGAAGCUCUAGCUCACUUAAAACCGAUUGACCCAGAAGGAGUGAAAUUUUCACAGAAAAACAGUCUGCAAAUUUGCGCUGCUCCUGAUGUCAUUCCUCAGGGUACUCAGGGCGACACGAUAAGACACAUUGAUGUAACAACCAAAGAAGUUGCUUACAAUCCAAAGUUUGAAGAACUUUUCGCGCCUCAAGUUGGACCAGACAAUCCAUUCAAAAGUGACCUUCAAAAAGCAAACAAGAAUAUAUUAUCUGGCUUUGUGGAAGCAGCACAUAUGAGCGAUUUCCAAUUUGAAGCUCAACGACGGACGUUCCACACUUAUGGGUAUGCACUAGAUCCCACAGUAAGUGGGGAUCCUGGCGAUGGAAGAUCAUUCGUUGGAGCAUCAGAUUUGGCUGAGGAGAAAAGUGGUUUGACUACUUUUGAACCAGCGUCCAAGAGGCCUGGCGACAAAAGGAAAAGAGUGAGAAACGACCAACCAGAAGAUAUUGAAGGCUUCAUUGGACCCUGGGGAGGUUUUGUGGACGAGGUCAAAGUUGCUAAACCUUCAGAGGAUGAGCAAGCUGAGCUUGAAGAAUAUUUGGCCAAGAAGCAGAAAAAGGGCAAACCUCAAGAGGACAAAACGUUCGAAGAGAAAGCUGUCAUGCACAUUUCCGAUCCACUGGACUAUCAAGGCAGGUCAUUUCUGCAUCCUCCGCACGAUGUGGGGGUUAACCUUCGGUCUGACGCUCCGCCAAGUCGUUGCUUUUUACCCAAAACUCACAUUCACACCUGGACGGGUCAUACAAAAGGCAUAUCUGCCAUCAGGUGGUUCCCAAAGACUGCUCAUCUGCUGCUUUCAAGCAGUAUGGACGGCAGAGUCAAGUUAUGGGAAGUGUACAAUGAGAGACGUUGCAUCCAAACGUAUUAUGGACACAGGCAAGCUGUUCGCGACAUUUGCUUCAACGCCUCAGGAACGGAAUUCCUGUCAGCGGGCUAUGACAGAUACAUCAAACUAUGGGAUACUGAGACUGGCCGAGUCAAGAGGCGCUUCAGCAGUAGGAAGAUUCCUUACUGCAUCAAAUUCCAUCCCUUGAGGGAAAAGCAACAUUUGUUUGUGGCUGGAACUUCAGACAAAAAGAUCAUUUGUUGGGAUACUCGGUCCGGUGAUGUCGUUCAAGAGUAUGACCGGCAUUUGGGAGCUGUUAAUACUAUCACCUUUGUGGACGACAACAGGAGGUUUGUCACUACCUCAGAUGACAAGAGUCUGCGUGUUUGGGAAUGGGACAUUCCAGUAGACAUGAAAUACAUCGCUGACCCGUCGAUGCACUCGAUGCCUGCCGUCUCAAUGGCACCUAACCAGAAGUGGUUGGCGUGCCAGAGCAUGGACAACAAGAUUGUCAUCUUCUCGGCCCUGAACAGAUUCAAGAUGAACAGGAAGAAAACGUUCACUGGCCACAUGGUUGCUGGAUAUGCUUGCAGCCUAGACUUUUCGCCGGACAUGAGUUACUUGAUAUCUGGUGACGCUGACGGAAAAUGCUACGUCUGGGACUGGAAAACAACCAAACUGUACAAAAAGUGGAAAGCUCAUGAUAAUGUUUGCAUCGCGUGCCUGUGGCAUCCACAUGAGCCAAGCAAGGUGGUGACUGCCGGCUGGGAUGGGGUCAUUAAGUACUGGGAUUAAAAACUAGUUUCUAGUACAUACUAUAAGAUGCCUAUUUUUAAUUUCAAAUAAAAAAGUACUUGACUUACAGUGAA